UAGCUUUUUUCACCAUCCCUCGAUCCAAACUUCCCCAUUCCCCAUACUGCUUUCCCAUCUUCCCUUCCACCGCUGAUACCAACUUGUCUUGUCGCUUUGUUCGUCUUGUUACGGUUACACCUUGUAAAUUGAGCUCUACCAAAAGUUUACACCAUGGCUUCCAACGGUAACGAAGGAGGGCCAGUUGCGCAGGAGAAGAUCAACACCGAUAUCAUCACCCUGACGCGAUUCCUCACUGAAGAACAGACCAAGUACUCGGAAGCAACAGGAGACUUCACACUACUAUGCCACGCACUGCAAUUCGCCUUCAAGAGCAUUGCCUACUACAUCCGGAGAGCGACCCUGAUCAACCUCACCGGUCUCCAAGGCACAUCCAACACAACGGGCGACGACCAAAAGAAACUCGACGUAAUCGGCGAUGAGCUCUUCAUCAGCGCCAUGCGCUCCUCCGGCCGCGUACGCCUCCUAAUCUCGGAAGAGCAAGAAGAAGCCAUUGUCUUCAACGAGCACCCCAACGCCCGCUACGCCGUAGCCUGCGACCCAAUCGACGGAUCCUCCAACCUCGACGCCGGAGUCGCCGUCGGCACCAUCUUCGCCGUCUACAAACUGCCCGAGGGCGCCAAAGGCACAAAAGAAGAAAUGUUGCUCCCGGGCACCGAGAUGGUCGCAUCAGGCUUCACCAUGUACGGCGCGUCCGCCCAACUGGUGCUUACAAUGAAGGGCGGAAACGUCAACGGCUUCACGCUCGACAACGCGUUUGGCGAGUUCAUCCUCACACAUCCUGAUAUGCGCGUCCCCAAGACGAGGAGCAUUUACUCCGUCAACGAGGGUAAUAGCAUGUACUGGGAAGAGCCUGUUAAGCAGUGGUGCGAGAGCCUUAAGAACCCGGCGGAGGGACAGAAGCCGUACAGCGCGAGGUACAUUGGUUCCAUGGUUGCGGAUGCGUAUCGCACGCUGCUUUACGGUGGUAUCUUUGCGUACCCGGCGGAUAAGAAGACGCCAAAGGGCAAGUUGAGGAUUCUUUAUGAGUGUGCGCCUAUGGCUAUGGUUUUUGAGAAUGCUGGCGGUCUGGCGGUAAACAGCAAGAUGGACCGUAUGCUCGAAGUCGUCCCCGAACACAUCCACGACCGAUCGGGUAUCUUCCUUGGCUCCGAAGGCGAGGUCCAAAAGGUUAUCGAUGCGCACAAGAACUACAAGAAAUAGGCGUCUGUGGAUAGCUUGGAACGUGGGAUGGCGUAUAAUUGGGCUAUCACGGGCAUAUGAACAGAUACCUUGCUGGCUGAGACUUCAGUUCUUCGACAUCGACGUAGUGUUAUUGAAUGACGAUACCAAUCUCGUUCUCGUUGAGUCGUGUAUGUGAUGAUGAUAGUGCAUGUCCUUACGAUCCUGAUCUCAAGGACACCAACACUCAAACAAACGCAGUGGG